GGAGGCGCGCGGGCUAGUGGGCGGGGACCCAAAGAGGGGGCGGGGACUAGCAACGCCAGGGCGGCCCGGCCGGGAUGCUCGUCGGCGCCCGGAGACCAUGGCCCUGCGGAGGCCGUCGCCGAAUGACAACGGGAGGCGAGACUGCGAUUCGAAGAAGAAAAGGAAAGAAGCCGAGAUCUCCCAGGCGCUGAACAGCAACCCCGUUGACGUGGCUGCCCUGAGGCGCAUGGCCAUCAGCGAGGGGGGGCUCCUGAUGGACGAGAUUCGCUGCAAGGUGUGGCCAAAGCUACUGAACGUGAAUACGGAGGAUCUGCCGCCGCCACCAGGAAAGGAGCUCCGGGAAAACAACAAAGAUUACCAGCAGGUGUUGUUGGAUGUGAGGAGAUCCCUCCGCCGUUUCCCUCCAGGCAUGCCGGACGAGCAGCGGGAAGGACUGCAAGAGGAGUUGAUUGACAGCAUCCUGCAGGUCCUCCAGAGCAACCCGCAGCUCCACUACUACCAAGGCUACCACGACAUCGUGGUCACCUUUCUGCUGGUGGUCGGGGAGAGGCUGGCGACGGCCCUCGUGGAGAAGCUUUCGACCCAUCACCUCAGGAAGAAAAAAGAUGUUGACUCCAUAAACAGAUCUGUCUGUCUGUCUGUCUGUCUGUCUGUCUGUCUGUCUGUCUUUGGGCCCUUCACAAAUUCUCAACCUGACCUACCUCAGAGGAUUGUUGUGAGAGAAUGGCCGAGGGGAGACGCCAUUUUGAGUCUUGACUGGGGAGAAAAGUGGUAUUUUUUAACAAAAAAAAUGCAGAGGUACAUGCAAGUUGCCUGCACUGAAAGUAGAUAUGUGCUCAUUUUCUUACCUCUGCAGAUCGUGCUGUACCGGGCACAGGAGGUUCUGGCCUGCGAGUGCGACAUGGCCUCCGUCCACCACCUCCUGUCCCAAAUCCCUCAAGACCUCCCCUACGAGACCUUGAUUAGUCGGGCCGGGGACCUCUUCGUUCAGUUUCCACCGUCAGAACUUGCCCGGGAGGCGGCUCAGCAGCAAGCUGAAAGGAUGGCCGCUUCCACCUUCAAGGACUUCGAGCUGGCUUCGACGCAGCAGCUGCCGGACACUGUCCUCCGGCAGCGCUUCCGGGAGCGCCUGCGAGCCGAGGAGCGGGCCAAGUCGCUCAUGACGACGAAACCCAGGACCAACCGCUUUGUCAAGCUGGCCGUGAUGGGGCUGACCGUGGCGCUGGGGGCGGCCGCCUUGGCCGUGGUGAAGAGCGCGCUGGAGUGGGCCCCCAAGUUCGAGCUGCAGAUAUUCCCGUGAGAGCCUGGCGCGCAGGGAGAGAGGAGAAGGCGCCCGUCUCAUAUCGAACGCGGUGCCCGGCCGGCAGGGUGGGAGGAUCCAAAGGAAGGAGCUCCAAAGCAUUUCAUUGCCUCGCCCUCCAGCGCCCGCCUUGCUAUCCCAGCCUGCCCGGGCCCAGCCAUGCCACGAUGCUGCCUUCUGGCCCGAGGCCUUCCCAAGCAUCCCUCUGGGAAAGGCGGAAGGGAUUGUCUUCUGCUGCCGCGAGGCUGAAGAGCCCCAAGUUUUGCUCUGCUUCCUGCCCAUUCAAUGGGACUCCGGGAAUCCCUGUCCUCCUUCCGGCCGUUUGGUGGGACGGGAAAGGAAGCAGGAGUGGAUACUUUCAGGGACUGAAUCGGUUGCUCCUGCAGUGUGAACUAAAGCGGGGCGAGCAGAGACAUAACCGGAGCAAACUCGUAGGAUCCCUCCUGUUUCCCCGGCACACCUCUUGCGUUGUCGCCGUUCCCAGUCGCAGAACGAGGGAGGUGGUUUCUGGCAGGGCAGAGCAUGGCCCUCGCGCCGUUCUCCUGCUCGGUUUGUGGCAAACGGCUCCAUGUCGCUACCUCUCCUCUCGGGUCAGUUUGCGGUUCUGUCGGAUCCUGCCAAAACAGGUCGCCGUCUUCCAGCCACGCUCCGAGCCAGGAACUCCUCUCGGCCAGGAAAGCUGGCGGCCGGCGCAAGGACCAUUGCGCCUUAGAGCUCGUCUAACUGUGGCUCUGCGAGUUACAUUCAGUGGCUACCUUACGAACUCAGAAACAGCCUUAUGGGAUAAAGGCAGGGAGGGGAAGAGCAGCUGUCGGAAACUCUCUCAAACCCUCAUCCCGCUCCCCGAAACAAGGGGUGCAUCGCCCCGCUGGGCACUGGGAGUGAAGGAUCGCCCCCGCACCUGCAUCUAACUUCACGGUCCCCAACUUCACGUCGGUAAUCUCACACACACCUCUACCUCCUUCCUCUGCUGAGAAACCCUUUCACAAGUGUCCUUACCUAACCUGUCAACCACUGGCAUUGUUUCUCUGAGGGUGACCCCCGCCUUGGCCCCCUCUGACCCCAGCAGCCUCCUCCGGUGGCUACAGACGACCGAGCGCUACUGGGUGUGGAACAGAGCAAGCUCAUUCUUCUUCCACACCAGCCCCUCGUGUGGCUUUUAUCGGAGAAUGAGGAGGAGAAGUCGGUUCUGAAGCCGCCACCGCCACCUGCCAAAGCUGCCGUGCCUGGAGCUUAUAACGACACGCACAUUAGGACAGAGGCAUCCCCGUUAGCCCUUGCAUGCGUCUCUUAGGACCCCGCAUCUUGCUUGGAAGCGCACUGAGCUCUGCGGUGCUUUGGGAUUUGCGUCCGCAGGAAGAAAAGCGGGAACAGAGAGGGCCCUUCUGCUUGCUGGGUCCUUUGUCCUGCUUCUCAGAUGCCCGCAGCCCACCCCGGUCACGCUCGCCUGCUGCGAGAAGCCGCUCUGCCUCGCCCAGACCCACAGUUGCAGCAAAUCCGCAAAGAAGUUGCAGGAAGGAAGAACUGUGAAAUGUUGCGAAAUGCGUUCUUCCUGAGCAGUGAGUGAAAAAUCGAGGUUGGAGACUUCCCCGACCUGACCUUAGCAGGGAAACGAUCUCUUAAGCAUCGGGCAGCUGCUCACCUUUUGAGGUAGUGUGAGACACAGGGAGGGGGGUUUGGGCGUGACGCCUUUGUCCUCCACUGCAGGGUCGGCGUUGGCCUUGUUGAAAAGGGAGAGAAGAACGCUCGCUGCCCCUGUCGCCGCAUUACGACGAGACAAAAACCCCAAAUCUUGGCAAGCUCAGAAACUGCUAAGGGAAGUGAAACCCCUGCAGCAGAGGGGAGGGGGAAAUCCCUUUCUUAGGACCUUGAGCCUUUGUUCUCUUGUGAGCAGAAAUCCUUUGUGACUGUUUAUACAAAAACCAGAAGAAUCAGUAGCAGGGUGUUUCCAGCAAUAGGCUCUGCCUGCCCCAUUUAUC